AACAGAAAAGGUUCAGAAAACUCAGGAUAAUAUAAUUUCUCACUUGGAAAGCUUGGGGCUGAAAAUUCCACCAGAGAAAAUACAAACACCCUCAAGCGAAGUAAAGUUUUUAGGAAUUUGGUGGAAGGGAGGAAUGACAUGUAUCCCCCCCAACACUCUUUCCUCAUUGGAUCAGAUUAAAAUGCCAGAGUCAAAGGAUUUGCAGCACCAACUAGGAAAUGAGACAAGAGGUUUUAUUGUUGAGUGAAGACUCUAGAGCCUGCCUGAAGGAAUACAUGAAGCUGUUGAUUGUUUGUGUGGUUUUGUCAGUGACUGUUUUGUUAAUAUUUAUAGGAUGUUUGGCAUACUACCACAGACAUUGUUUUGGUCAACCCUUGUCGCUGCCUUUAAUAUUUGGGGGAACUCUUGCACGCCCCCCCCCCCUUUUUGACUUGUGGCAAAAUGAAUUUAUGGCUCUAGGCCAGCAAGUGGCCAACACCUUUAAUCUGACUAAUUGUUGGGUAUGUGACAGGCCCUUAAGUUUGGAAAGCUGGCCAUGGACUGCUGUCCCUAUUUCCCCUGAAUGGUUAGUGAGUAAUUACAGUGAGGUCAAAAAUGAUUCUUACUGGGGUGAAGACACACAGCCCUGGACAAUACAAUACCCAGUCCAAGGCGAAUAUUGUCUGAACCGAACACAGAAAGGUGGUAUCCCUGUGGGAAAUAGCAAGUGCAACUGGACCUAUACUUAUGACAACCAUUGCCUCACUGAUGGUUGUAGACCAAUUGAUUGUUCAAACCAUGGGGCAGCCGUGUCACUGCCAGAAAGGGACGACCAGGCAUAUUGUCGCCUCUUGAGUUCCAGUUCUCCAAAUUUUGUACCUCACUGGCCCGGAUGGGCUUGGGUGAAUCAAACAGGGCACAGGAAACAGUUUUCUCAUUUUUGGUCUUCCACUAAUCAGUCUAAUAAUGGUCUUAAUGUUACCUGCUUUUGGCACCACGGUUCCGGUGCCUGGAAAUGCAGACUCACUGAUAAAAUGUAUUCUCGUCUCCCUGAUGGGACUCAAAUUUUGUGGUCAAGUGAUAAUAAAGACCACUGUCAGGGACAUUUGAGCAUAGGUCCAGAUGGACUUCCUAUCUGUUGGGGCACCACGGAGGAAGUGGGAAAAACUGUGGACAAGUUGUUGAUGAACGGUCCGUCAGAUCAUCCUCUGGAAGUAGGUAAUUCAACAUAUUUCUAAUCACCAUGGACACCUACCGGUUUGUUUGAAAAUGGUGCACGAGCCUUAAAGGGUCACUAUUGGGUGUGUGGCCAAUGUGCCUACAAACUGCUACCAGCAAAUUGGACUGGAGUGUGUUAUGUGGGGGUAAUUUGCCCCUUGUUUUUUCUGCUCCCAAACGAAAA